CGCCUGCGCACGGCGGGGCCGCUGCCGGUUGGUGCCGGCGCUCCGCAGUGGGGGAGCGGCGGGCGCGGAGCCGGGGCCCGUCCCAGUCCCAGUCCCAGUCCCAGCGGAGCCGCGGCGGGCACGGGGAGCAGCGGGCGCAGCCAUGUCUGUGGUGGGCAUCGACCUCGGCUUUCUCAACUGCUACAUCGGCGUGGCGCGGAGCGGGGGCAUCGAGACCAUCGCUAACGAGUACAGCGACCGCUGCACCCCAGCAUGUAUAUCUUUAGGAUCCAAGACCCGAGCCAUUGGGAAUGCAGCAAAGAGCCAGAUUGUCACAAAUGUAAAAAAUGCAUUACAUGGUUUCAAAAAACUGCAUGGAAGAGCAUUUGAAGAUCCUUACAUACAAGCUGAGAGGACCAAACUUCCCUAUGAACUUCAGAAGAUGCCUAAUGGCUCCGUGGGAGUAAAGGUGAGAUACCUUGAUGAAGAGAGACUUUUUGCAAUUGAACAGAUUACAGGAAUGUUAUUGGCCAAACUGAAAGAGACUUCAGAAAGUGCUUUGAAGAAGCCAGUGGCAGACUGUGUGAUCUCAGUCCCUAGUUUCUUCACUGAUGCUGAAAGAAGGUCUGUAAUGGCAGCUGCGCAGAUUGCAGGAUUAAAUUGUCUGAAGCUGAUGAAUGAAACUACAGCAGUUGCAUUAGCCUAUGGAAUAUACAAGCAAGAUCUGCCAGCCUUGGAAGAGAAGCCAAGAAAUGUGGUCUUUGUUGAUAUGGGACAUUCUGCAUAUCAGGUUUCCAUCUGUGCUUUUAACAAGGGAAAACUGAAGGUCUUGGCUACUACCUUUGACCCUUUUGUAGGUGGUAGGAAUUUUGAUGAGGCUUUGGUAGACUACUUCUCUGAAGAAUUUAGGACAAAAUACAAACUGAAUGUAAAAGAGAAUCCGCGAGCACUGUUGCGAUUGUAUCAGGAAUGUGAAAAGCUCAAGAAGCUUAUGAGUGCAAAUGCUUCUGACCUUCCACUCAAUAUUGAGUGCUUCAUGAAUGACCUUGAUGUCUCCAGUAAGAUGAACAGAGCUCAGUUUGAGCAAUUGUGUGCUACCCUCCUGGCCAGAGUAGAGCCUCCUCUAAGAGCAGCCAUGGAUCAAGCAAAACUUCAGCGUGAAGAUAUCUACAGUAUAGAAAUAGUAGGUGGGGCUACUAGAAUUCCAGCAGUGAAGGAACAGAUCUCUAACUUUUUCUGUAAAGAGAUAAGCACCACACUAAAUGCUGAUGAAGCUGUUGCAAGAGGCUGUGCCUUGCAGUGUGCAAUUCUUUCCCCAGCUUUUAAAGUGCGUGAGUUUUCCAUCACAGAUGUUGUUCCUUACUCUGUAACAUUGAGAUGGAAAUCAUCUUAUGAAGAAGGAACAGGGGAGUGUGAAGUCUUCAGUAAGAACCAUGCUGCUCCAUUCUCAAAAGUAAUUACUUUUCACAAGAAAGAGCCUUUUGACCUGGAAGCUUAUUAUACCCAUCCGCAUGAAGUGCCUUAUCCUGAUUCCAGAAUAGGGCGUUUUACUAUUCAGAAUGUUGGUCCCCAGCCUGAUGGUGACAGUUCCAAAGUGAAGGUGAAAGUGCGUGUCAAUAUCCAUGGCCUUUUCAGCGUGGCUAAUGCUUCCAUAAUAGAGAAGCAGAACAUAGAGGGGGAUCACAACGACACACCCAUGGACACUGAAUCAUCGAGUAAGAACCAAGGCAGAGAUGAAGAGCUGGAUAAAAUGCAGGUUGAUCAAGAAGAAGGUGUGCAAAAAAGUCAAACUGAACAACAGAACCAAGCAGAUGAGGAAACUGAAAAUGCUGGAACCGAAACAAAAGCUUCUUCUGGAGAAAAGCAAGAUCAUCUAUCCCAGCCAAAGGCUAAAACAAAAGUUAAGAGUAUUGACCUCCCUAUACAGGCAAACCUCUAUAGGCAACUGGGACAAGAUCUGAUCAAUUCCUAUAUAGAAAAUGAGGGGAAGAUGAUGAUGCAAGACAAGCUUGAGAAAGAAAGAAAUGAUGCUAAGAAUGCUGUUGAAGAGUAUGUGUAUGAAUUCAGAGACAAACUGUGUGGAGUCUUUGAGAAAUUUAUCACUGAAGAAGAUUCAAACAAGCUGACCUUGAUGUUAGAGGACACCGAAAAUUGGCUUUAUGAAGAUGGAGAGGACCAACCAAAACAAGUAUACAUGGAUAAGCUUCAGGAAUUAAAAAAAUUUGGACAGCCUAUUCAGGAAAGAUGCAUGGAACAUGAAGAGAGACCAAAAGUUCUAAAUGAACUGGGAAAGAAGAUUCAGCUCCUUAUGAAAGCAGUAGAAGCAUACAAAAAUAAGGAUGAAAAAUAUGAUCACCUAGAUCCUGCUGAGAUGGAAAAAGUUGAAAAAUACAUCAAUGAGGCUAUGAAUUGGUUGAACAGCAAAAUGAAUGCCCAGAAUAAACUAAGUCUGACUCAGGAUCCAGUUGUGAAAGUGGCAGAAAUACUGGCAAAAUCUAAGGAAUUGGAUAGCUUCUGUAAUCCCAUUAUAUACAAGCCCAAACCGAAGAUAGAACCUCCCAGUGAUGGGCAGUCAAAAGCUAAUGGUGAACACAACGGACCAGUGAACGGACAGAGCGGUAGUGAAACAAAACCUGAACCAGCAAAGGACAACCCUCAGCAGACCAAACCCUCCGGAGAAAUGGAAGUGGACUAAAUUUUGCUUUUCUUUUACUUAAUUAAAAUAGUGCAAGUAACCGCAGGGUCCAUUCUUUUUGUCUGGUACACACUUCAGAUAUUCAGUUAUUCUUAGCCAAACUUCUGUCAUUUGUUGAUGAGUAGUUUUGAAAGUGUUUUAUGUUAAGUACACCUCUGAUGUUCAUUUCCACUGAUGCUGCUUAUGUGGAGCUUUAGCCAAAUGUAGAUUGUAUAAGUCAGUUUAAGCUUUCCCGAUAUAUUUUAUAUCAAACAUACAGAAUUGAUAUAUAAAUGGCAACAAUCUACCUUAUUUAAAGCUUUUAUUGUGAAUAAACCUCAGCUCCUUUAUUCAGGAAAGGAUACUGUAUUCCACUACUGAUGCUCAAGUGUAGAUCUAAUCGCAUCAUUAUUUUGGAAAAAUAUUGGAAUUGAAGUGGCAAAAGCUGUCACUUGAAGCACUGACCUUUUCUAGUUAUUGUAUUGUUAUAAUUUAAAUAUUAAAAUAGAGGUUAGUUGGCAUACCAGUCGAUCUUGUUGAUGUACCAUGGGAAUUGUACGGUCUUUUUCAUAUAAACUGAAUAAUACAAGCUUAAAUGUGUUUCUUUUUU